AUUCUUGACGAAGACCCGAUAAGAUGAAGGCGCUGAUCCUCGUCGGAGGGUUCGGCACGCGGCUGCGGCCGCUCACGCUGUCGUGCCCCAAGCCCCUGGUGGAAUUCUGCAACAAGUCCAUUGUAAUGCACCAGAUCGAGGCGCUUGUGGCGGUGGGGGUGACGGAGGUAAUUCUUGCCGUGAACUAUCAGCCGCAAGUGAUGCUGGCAGCGCUCGAGUCCAUGGAGAAGAAGUACAAUAUCAAGAUCUCGUGUUCCCAUGAGACAGAGCCCCUGGGUACUGCUGGGCCAUUGGCAUUGGCUCGUGAGCUACUGGACGAUGGAGAUCCGUUCUUCGUGUUCAACAGCGACGUCAUCUGCGAAUACCGACUGCAGGAUUUCCUGGACUUCCACAAGGCCCACGGAGCUGAGGGCACCAUCAUGGUGACCCGAGUGGACGAGCCGUCGAAGUACGGCGUGGUGAUCUCCAAUGCUGACGGACAGAUCCAACGCUUCGUGGAGAAACCAAGGGAGUACGUGGGCAACAAGAUCAACGCCGGCAUCUACAUUUUCAAUCGAGAAGUGCUGGACCGUAUCCAGUUGCGACCGACGUCCAUCGAGAAGGAGAUUUUCCCACAAAUGGCAGCCGAGGGGAACCUCUUCUCGAUGGUGUUGCCAGGCUACUGGAUGGAUAUUGGCCAGCCUAAGGAUUUCCUCUCGGGCAUGUGUCUGCACUUGGACUACGUGGAACGCACGAACGCGGAUGCUCUGUCCACGGGCCCCAAGUUUAUCGGUAACGUUAUGGUGGACCCCACGGCGGUGAUCGGAGAGGGAUGUCUGAUUGGACCCAACGUGGUGGUCGGCCCUGGAUGCGUUAUUGAAGACGGUGUUCGACUCAGCCGAACGACGCUGCUUCGUGGCGUGACAGUUCGCGCCAACUCGUGGAUCCAGUCGAGCAUUAUCGGAUGGGGCUCCACAAUUGGCCGAUGGUGCCGAAUUGAGGGGAUCACCGUCGUCGGAGAAGACGUGCAGGUGAAGGAUGAAAAGUUUAUCAACGGCGGCCUCAUCCUGCCGCAUAAGGCCAUCUCAGCCAGUAUCCCCGACCCUGGCACCAUCGUCAUGUGAUCAGACCGUAGGCAAAGUGUUGCCCCAUUUGCAAUUUACCGAGUCCAUCCAAACAGGAGAUUCCAUUACUGUUAGCUUGCCUUCACUACUGACAACGACUCGCAACUAAUCAUCACUACCUGUCUAUUUUCCACACGCACAAUA